GAGCGACGACGCACAGGUGACUGCAUCCCGCCAGGCGCGUAUAAAAGCGUCGCCGGUCCUCCGGAUCGGGAAUCAGUCGGUCGAGCCCGCCGGAGCGAACAUGAUCGAGAUCGUCGUGCUGCUACUGGGGGCCUACGGGGUUCUGGCAGUUCCAGUGACGCCUCGGGUCGAUGGGAGCCCUUCGAUGCCCAUAGGAAUGGUCUUGCCUCUGCUUCCAGGCUCGGAGAAUCUAGACGAGAAAGCUGUCCCGCUCGCGAAGCUGGUGGUUCUCGAUCCGCUUGGCCCGCCUGGACGACCGAACCUCAUUGAGCAGACUCGGGUGCCUUCGAAACUUCCUGGAACGGAGAAUCUGGCCGAGAAACGCAUUCCCUUCGUGGUCCUUGAAAAAUUGUCCCGUCCCUUCGCGGACGAAGCCUCGAACGCGAGCGAUUCUCGCGCGUAACGCUUCGAGACGCGUGGGCGUAAGACAAAUGUUGGCGGAGCGGGUGUUGAGAGAGAAAAUACACACGAAUCGAACCAUU